AUGGAUAAUGUUGAUGGUAAAGGUAAAAUAACUGUAACGGUGACGAUAACGGUGACAGUGAUGGUAACGGUGACGGUAACGAUGAUAGUAAUGGUUACAAUAACGGUAGUGAUUACGGUAAUGGUAAUAGUGAUAGUAACGGUAACGGUUACCGUAAAGGUGAUGGUAACAGUGACGGUAAAGGUGAUGGUAACGGUAAUGAUGAUAGACAAUUACAAUAAUGGUCAAGGUGACGGUGAUUAUAACGGCAAUAGUAAUAGUAACGGUGACGGUGACAAUGACGGAAACGAUGACGGUAGUGGUAUCACAUAUUGUCACGGUGACAGUAACCAUAAUGGUAACGAUAAUGGUGACAUUGAUUGUAAAAUUGUCGGUAACGUUGACAGUAUCAGUAACGAUGAAGGUAAUGGUAACGAUGACAGUAAGGGUAAAAGUAACAGUAACAGUGACGGUAACGAUGACUGUAAUGCUUACGAUGACAGUGAUGGUAACGGUGACGAUAACGAUGAUGGUAACGGUGACGAUAACGAUGAUGGUAAUGGUGACGAUAACAAUGACAGUAACAGUGACGAUAACGAUGAUAAUAACGGUAAUGGUAAUGAUAACAGUGACGAUGAUGGUAAUGGUGACGAUAACAAUGACGAUAACGAUGAUAAUAACGGUUAUGAUAACGGUAAUGGUAAUGAUAAUAGUGACGAUGAUGGUAAUGGUAUGGAUAAUGGUGACGGUAAAGGUGACAGUAACAGUAAUGGUGACAAUAACGGUAACGGUAAAUGUAACGGUGACGGUGAUGGUAACAAUGACAGUAACGAUGACAAUAAUGAUUAUGAUAAUGGUAGCGAUUAUAGUAACAGUAACGGUAACUAUGAUAGUAACGGUAACAGCGUUGGUGACGGUAACAUCGACAGUAACGAUUACGAUAAUAGUCAAGGUGAUGAUGAUUAUAACGGUAAUAGUAAUAAUAACGAUGACGAUGACCGUAAUGAUAAUGGUAAGGUUGACAGUGAUGAUGACGGAAACGAUGACGGUAGUGGUAUCACAUAUUGUAACGGUGACAGUAACGAUAAUGGUGACAUUGAUUGUAACAUUGACAGUAUCAAUAACGAUGAAGGUAAUGGUAACGAUGACGGUAAGGGUAAAAGUAACGAUAAUGGUGACGGAAACGAUGAUUGUAAUGCUUACGAUGACAGUGAUGGUAACGGUGAUGAUAACGAUGAUGGUAAUGGUGACGAUAACAGUGACAAUAACGAUGAUAAUAACAGUUAUGAUAACGGUAAUGGUAAUGAUAACAGUGACGAUGAUGGUAAUGGUGACGAUUACAAUGAUGGUAACAAUGACGAUAAUGAUGAUAAUAACGGUAAUGGUAAUGAUAAUAGUGACGAUGAUAGUAAUGGUAUGGAUAAUGGUGAUGGUAAAGGUGACAGUAACAGUAACGGUAACUGUAACGGUGACGGUGAUGGUAACAAUGACAGUAAUGAUGACAAUAAUGAUUAUGAUAACGGUAGCGAUUAUAGUAACGAUAACGGUAACUGUGAUAGUAAUGGUAGCGGCGAUGGUGACGAUAACAACGACAAUAACGAUUACGAUAAUGGUCAAGGUGACGGUGAUUAUAACGAUAAUACUAAUAGUAACGAUGACAAUGACCGUAAUGAUAAUGGUAAGGUUGACGGUGAUGAUGACGGUAAUGGUAUCACAGAUGGUAACAGUGACGGUAAUCAUAAUGGUAACGAUAACAGUUACGCUAACAAUAACGGUAACGGUGACUGUAAUGGUAACAACAACUGUAAUGAUAACGAUAACGGUAACGGUGACGAUAACGAUGACAGUAAUAGUGACGGUGACUGUAAUGCUUACGAUGACAAUGAUGGUAACCGUGACGAUAACGAUGACAAUAACUAUGAUAGUAACGGUUACGAUAAUGGUAAUGAUAACAAUAACAGUCAUGGUAAUGGUGACGGUAAUGGUAACGAUGACAGUAAUGGUUACGAUAACAGUAGCGAUUACGGUAAUGGUGAUAGUAACGGUAACAGUGAUGGUGACGAUAAUGACAAUAGUAAUGAUUACAAUAAUUGUCAAGGUGACGGUGACCAUAACAAUAAUGGUAAGGUUGACGGUGACGAUAACGGUAACGAUAUCAUAGAUGGUAACAGUGAUGGUAACCAUAAUGGUGAUGGUAACGGUAACGGUGACGGUAACGAUAAUGAUAAUGGUGACGUUGAUUGUAACAAUGACAGUAAUGUUGACAGUAUCAGUAACAAUGAAGGUAAUGGUAAUGAUGACGGUAAGAGUAAAAGUAACAAUAACGAUAACGGUAACGGUGAUGAUAACAAUGAUGGUGACAGUAACUAUAAUAGAACGGUAAUGGUGACGGUGAAUGUAAUGCUUACGGUGAAAGUGAUGGUAAUAGUGAUGGUAACGGUGACAAUAACGAUGAUGGUAAUAGUGAUGAUAACGAUGAUAGUAACGGUUACGAUAGCAGUAAUGGUAACGAUAAUGGCGACGGUGAUGGUAAAGGUGACGGUAAUGAUAAUGGUGACAAUAACUGUAACGAUGACAAUAAAGGCGACGGUGAUGGUAACGGUGACGGUAACGAUGACAGUAAUGGUUACAAUAACGGUAGCAAUUACGGUAACGGUAACGAUAACGGUGAUAGUAACGGUAAAGGUGAUGGUAAUAGUGACGAUAACGAUACUUGUCACGAUAACGGUAAUGAUAGUGGUAACGGUGAGGGUGACAGUAAUAGUAAUGGUAACGGGGACAAUGACAGUGACGAUAAUAGUAACGAUGACGGUAACUGUAACACUAACGGUAACGGUAAUAGUAACGAUGACGGUAACUGUAACAGUAAUAGUAACAAUAACGGUGAUAGAAACGGUUCUGAUAACAAUGACUUAA